AUGCGCUUGCUCAUUCUCCUUCUCAUCCUCGCGCAAGCUCUCUUGUGCAGCUCGUGGCCUUCUUCUCUGGCUCGGCGCCUCUUCUCCCUCCGAGAUGCGUCCCACUCUGUCGUCUUUCCGGACGACCCAGAUGAUGGACCAGUCGUCAAAGACAUAGGAGAGCAACUCAAGUCUCUCACUAGCGGGGAUAUCCACGAAAAUGAGCGAUCCGGCAAAUUUGUCUCAUGGACGCUGUCACUCAAGGACGACGCGAAAGCAGAGUACAUUGAAAAGCUACCCGGCGUCCGCAAAGUCGAGGCAGAAGGCGCAACACCCAAUCAGCGAGUCCAAGCCCGGAGUCCCUCUUUCGACACCCGAGAGGGGAAAAAGUACUACCGCUACGUGGCCGCGCCCAAGAAUGGUUGGCACAAGGAACAAAACGAUAAGACCCGUGACUUUCUCAAAGAUAUGGAUGGGGAAUCAAGAAGCAUUGGUGAGGUUACGACUCCCAAUGGAGAGCUUCUACUGUGGGGCCCUCUGCAUUUGGACAACGACGGAUUGAAGAAAGUUCAGAACCACCCAGGUGUUGCCCGGGUGGAAGGAGACCAACGGCAGUUCGUUGACAUUAUUGACCGCCCAGCGUCUGACUCGAAGGACACGGGUUCCGGAUGGGCCAUGAAGACUGCGAAGAAGAUGUCUAAGAAAGUCAAGCGAGCGGUCACCUGGAAGAAGCAGACGGGUGCUCCACAGGACCUAUUAAUGGACAGCCAACCUCCCGGCGUAUCUUUGGGUAACCUCAACGACUUUGUCUACGAAGAGAAGGCUGGCGAAACCGUUUACAUUUACGUCGUAGACCAUGGCGUAAACGGAGACGCGCUUAAUAACGAGCCGAAUAAGGAUGACCAACUGGAGUUUGGCCACAGAACAGAACGCCUCCAGACCGAACUGGCUCGUUCAAAACACACACUCGAUGCCGAUUCGGAUCCUCAUUCUCACGGCACCGCGGUGGCUUCCAAAGCUGCAGGUCGGAAAUACGGCAUCGCCAAAAAUGCGAGGGUGGUCUCUGUCAUGGCAGACCUUGAAUCGUUCGUCGACGUCGUCCAUGCGCUUGGACUGGUCAUGGCCGACAUUAUGGGUAACAAUCGGAAACGAAACAGUGUGGUUCUGAUGGGCAUAGCAGCGGAUGCCGCUCUGACGCUGGAGACAGCCAAAACUCUCUCUGUUGGAAACGCCACCCGCUCACACAUCAGCUGGCUAUUGAACCAAGGAGUACCUGUGGUUCUUGGGAGUGGUGACAUGGCACAGUCGGAAGGUCGCAAAGACAUUGACAUGUUGCCUAUGGUAUUGGAAGGUCCAGACAUGCCCAUUAUCAAUGUGGGCGGUGCGGACUACGACGGAAGUCGGUGGGAGAGCAGCCAGGGUGGAGACCAGCUGACAAUCUACGCACCGGCUGUCGACGUGCUUGUGCAGUAUAAGGACGAUUCACGUCCUCGUCUGAAGUCCGGUACAGCGUUUGCUGCAUCGGCCGUUGCAGGCAUCAUUGCAAACUACAUGUCCCGAUACCCCGAUAUGCCCUGGGACGACAGCAAGAACGGCCUUGACCGGGUGAAGGAGAUCAAGCGAUACAUCACGUCGACAGCUUCCAGCUGGGAGCGAAAGAAGGACCAGAACCCUCCGGUCAACAUCAUCUGGAAUGGCGCCAACGAGGACGCUCAUAAGGGUGCUCUCGCAAACUGGUGUGGCUACAAGCGGGGAGUCUGCAAUGGUUAUCACCCGAUCAAGAAGUGUUACGGGAUCGAGGACAAGAAAUACAUCGCCCGAAAUACAUUGUCCGACCUAGUCGUUAACCAUUUCUGCCUAGGAGCAACGAACCCGUUCAAGGCGAACGAGCUGGUCUGGAAGGAUACAUACGGGCGGGACACCAUGGAGACAGUCGAGAUUAGCGUCGAGUGGAAAUCUGGACACCAACCUAACGGGCCUACAUGCGAGAAGUACCUGCACGAGAUCAUAGACGGAUGUGACACCAACAGCAAAGGAUACAACUGGAAAGGAGGGGGCCAGCUCAUCGUCGGCCGCGGCGGAGAAACCACCUAUCGGAUUACUCCCCUAGCAGUUCGUCAGCCGCCAAGUGAUGGACCUGUGGGUGGUUGCACCAUCGAGUACAAGGUGGCGCACGACCAGUUCAGGAUCUGGGGUGCCUCCUGGCUGGGCUCCAGCUUUGGAAAGGAGCUCCACGACGAGUUGCGAGGUCACGGCCUCGGUAUUACUGCUUGGCAUUUUGACUACAAGCUUGACGAUGACGGAAGCGAAUGGAAAGCUAGGGGCAGCACUACCGUUUUCUCUGAAAAGCGGCUCCAGGCAGCCAUCAAGAAAGUGGCGAACUUCCCCGGCUGGGAGGGUCUCGACUGCAAGCAGAAAGUACCAAAACCUCACAAACCUGGCUAA